ACACCCUGUAUUUCGAAAACUAAUAAACACCUCCGUUAUAAAAUCACGAAGUGCCAUCUUUUAUCACCUGUGAAACAUCGUCGGUUUAAUUUUGCAACACCCUGUACAUAUUUCGAUCUUCUGAAGUUAUCAAAAUAGAAGUGCAGAUGUUCACCACCUCUUUAUUUUCAGCUUGGAAUAGUUUUUUCUUCGAUGUGGAUAGUGAACUGUUUCUGUUCGACUGACUUCAGAAACAUAUCUGAAACUGAACCAACCUUCAUUGGCCACUACAGAAAUCCUGAUGAACCCAAAAUAAUAUGGUUGUACUCAGAUCAUCCAAAUCUGCCUAUCGAUUCCCCCAAGACGGAUAACCAAGGGUACUACACUAAUUCCAGGCCAUCCGUUGCUUUUACUGAUGUCGACAGUUCUGUGAGAGUUGCGAAACCGAUGAAGUUGGUAGCUCCGCAGAUUUUGUACGACUUCCAAAGGCCUCCAAGGGUAGAAAGACAACCAGUCAGCGCCAGUCCACGACUGGUCCAAAACCACAAUCGCCAAUCCUACAAUAACGUACCCAACGUCAUAUCAUCUGCACAGACUAGGAAUGUUGUUCAACACCCGCUGUACAACAUCCAACCCCAGUAUUACAUCCCAAAGAAAUACGGUUUGAUGAAUGGCAAACUCGUUUACGAUCCCACAUCUCUUCAGCUAGUGCAGAGGCCUGUGUUACCAACAUUUUACCACUCUACUCAACAAUUUCCCCAUUUUCAACAACCAGUGCUUUAUCAACAUCAUCAACGUCAACAAUUAUUGCCGCAACCUGUGGCGAUUACUAGGCUUCCUCCUAUCACAAAAAGCCAUUUUAAGGCUCCACCUAGGAGUCAGUUUCAACCUAUCGAUACUCCAUCUGAAAUGCCUGAACAACAAGAAGAACCUAGUGGAGAGGAAAAACCGGUUUCGGAAGAUAUAGAAGAAGAGGAAAGUGAAGAUAAAGCGAAUUAUGAGGAAGACGAUGAUGAAGCAGAGCAUUACGGCACUCCAGAAUUUGAAAAAUAUUUCCAUGAUGAUGAGGAUGACCAUGAGCAAUAUGAGCAUAUUGAAAAUAGUGAUGAUGAAGAAGAGGAUGAUAGUGACAGAGGAUCUACAAGUUUUGUACCUUCAAGGAAAUUUCCUAAGAAAUACUACUUCAAACCGGAGAAAAAGAGUGAAAUCAAAUAUGGCCCUAAAAAUAAUGUGCACCCCAAAUAUAAAUCAAUACAAAAACCCAAAAAGAAACAAAAAAUGCAGUACGAAUCAUACAGAUAUUCCAAAGAUUCUGCCAAAUACCCAGAGGUCAUAGAAGGAUUGCAAUCUAAACAGAUUCCAGUUACACAUAAGCAAAAAAUUUUGAAAGAAAAGUGGUACUUGACAAAAAGUUCAGAUAAUGAACAAUUUGACUGAUUCUCAUUUGAAUAGUACUUGAAGUUUUCAAAUUAUGAGC